AGAGGAAUCUGUUUAAAAUUGUGAAAUCUUGAUUCUUUGAGACUUGAAUAUUAGAAGGAAGAAACGAAUUGAUAAGAUUAGACAACACAGAGAUGUUCUCGUUGUUUUAUGGCCUUUGGAAGUAUAUAUUUAGUAAGACAGAGUUUCAUGUGCUCAUUCUUGGAAUCGACAAGGCUGGGAAGACGACAUUGCUGGAGAAAUUGAAGUCAGUGCACUCGAAUUUGGAAGGCCUUCCUCCUGAUCGAAUUAUUCCUACUGUUGGACUAAAUAUUGGUCGUAUUGAAGUGGCAAAUUCAAAACUGGUGUUUUGGGAUCUAGGAGGUCAGCCUGGUCUUCGCUCAAUUUGGGAGAAAUAUUACGAAGAGGCACAUGCUGUGAUUUAUGUAAUUGAUGCUGCUUGCCCAUCACGUUUUGAAGAUGCAAAAUCCGCGUUGGAAAAGGUUCUUAGGCACGAUGAUCUGCAGGGAGCCCCUCUUUUGAUAUUAGCAAACAAGCAGGAUCUUACUGAUGCUGCAUCAGCAGAAGAGCUUGCUCGAUAUCUAGACCUUAAGAAGCUGGAUGAAAGGGUUUACAUUUUUGAAGCUGUUUCAGCAUAUGAUGGAUUGAUAUUUGAUUGCAGGAUGGGGAUCAAAGAAAGUGUAGAAUGGCUCGUGGAGGUAAUGGAACGAAGCAAGAGAACUGAGAUGUUAAGAGCCCGUGCUGGUGUAACUGGCCCAGGUACUUAGAGACUGUCUGAUGCAGUUGUUUCUCCUGCUUUUUGUAGCAGCUGUAAAUAAACAGAGAUUGGAUUUGAUUUUACACGACACAGAGUCCAUCCAUUUUUCAAUCUCCCCUGCAGCAGCACACCUUCUUAUCUACCAGCCCAGUGCCUGUUUUUUGACUGCUAAAUGUUCAGAAGACUUUAAUUCUAUUCUUACACUGCAAUGGAGCAAGUCAGAGGAGGGAGGACACUCCAUAUCUGCUAAGAAUGAUCAAGGUUGUUGGUGCAUUAUGUUACUGCAUUUGCCUUUUGAAAUGCUUCUACUACCAAAAUUUAAAAUAGCCGAGGUGCAUUAAUGUCCUCAUAUAAAGGUAUUAGAGGAGUUCAAGAUAUCAAUUGUUCCAUUUUACCCAAGAAUUCUAAUUAUUGUUCAUAAAUUGAAACCCACAAGAUGUACUUAACAGAUUCAAGUUCGUGGAAUGUGUGCCUUGUUGGCUUGUUC